AUGGCAAACGUGUUAAAGGGACCUAGUUCGUCCCGAAUCUCUGCCAAGGGACCUAGUUCGUCCCGAGUUACUUCCAAUAGACCUAGUUCGUCUAAAGGCAAUGGGAAGGAGAGACCUAGUACGUCUCGAGCUCUGGUUCCGGCUACAUCGAGAAGAGUCCCAAACGACUCGAAUGAAGAACCAAGUACAUCAAGAAAUUUACCAUCAUACCAAAUUAAUGGCAAUAUAAUUUUGAAGCCGACCGCGAUAAUCAAAAUAAUUACCAAGAACAGAUACAUUUUAGAACGGGCCUUAAUCGAUCCAACUGCUGAAUGUUCUGUUAUAUCGCACGAAGUUGUUAGGCGCUUAGAUGCUAAAACCAUAAGAAUUGGCAAAUCAGAAAGAUGUCUUAUAAAGAUUCGAGGAAAUUAUGGAAUCAACACCACAAUUGAAACAUAUUCUCAAGUUCUUCAUAAUUACAGCACGGUGACUCCAAAGGAGUCUAUUCAAGAAAAUAUUCGUGACGAAUUUCCUGGGCUACAACUAGCAGAUCCUCAAUUUCAUGUUUCGGCAAAGGCGCAUAUUACUUUAGGAGGUGACGUUUUCCCCAGGAUAAUUCGAAAUGGUGUCGCAGGUGGAUCUUUUGGCAAACCAUUGGCGCAAUUUUCCAUAUUUGGAUAUAUUAUCUCUGGAUUAUGUUCAAAAUUAUGA